CGUUCAAAUCAGUUCACCACCAAUUUCGGUAUCUAGAGCAACCACCCAACCCAAGCAACCCAAAAUGGCAUUCAAAUUCACCAUCCUCUUCGCCGCCUGCAUCGCCGUGGCCAGCGCCGGCCUCAUUCCCGCCGCAGCUCCAUUGGCCGCCGUGGCCCAGGUGGAGGAGUACGACCCCCACCCGCAGUACUCCUACGGCUACGACGUCAAGGACGCCAUCUCCGGGGACUCGAAGACGGCGGUGGAGCACCGCGACGGCGACAUCGUCCAGGGACAGUACUCGCUGAACGACGCCGACGGAUACCGCCGCAUCGUGGACUACACCGCCGACCCCAUCAACGGAUUCAACGCGGUGGUGCGCCGUGAGCCGCUGGUGGCCGCCGUUGCCGCCGCUCCCGCCGCCGUUGUGGCCGCCCCCGCUCCGGUCGUCCGUGCCGCCGUCGCCGCCCCCGUCGUCCGUGCCGCUGCUCCCCUGACCGCCGCCUACGCCGCCGCCCCAGCUCCCCUCGCCUACGCCGCCGCCGCCCCCGCUCCCCUCGCCUACGCCGCCCCUGCGCCCAUCGUCAAGGCCGCCCCCCUGGUCGCCGCCGGACCCGCCGUCGUCAAGACCCAGUUCGCUUCGCCUCUUAUCUCGUACGCCUAUUAGGUAACUGAAUAAUAGGUGACCACGACCCGAUAAUUGCCGUUAGUUGUUAUUGAAUAAAAGGAUGUGAUCUAAUUGAAUGGAAA